AUGCAAAAAACGGGUCAGCGUGACGCACGUUACGACCGUCAGCUGCGACUUUGGGGUGACGAGGGCCAGAAUGCGAUCGAGACGACGAGCGUUUGCGUGCUGGGCGCGAAUCCGACCGCUACUGAAGCCAUCAAGGCGCUCGUCCUUGCCGGCGUCAGUUCGGUCGUGAUCGUUGAUGGGGAUCGCGUGACGGAACGAGAUCUCGGCACCAACUUCUUUUUUGAACCAUCCCAGCUUGGAAUGAACCGGGCAAAAGCUGCUGCCUUUUUGCUACAGGAACUAAACAGCGCCGUGACGGUCCGUGCAUUCGAGGCCGAUUUGUCCAAGAUCACCGGCCAAGAGAUCCUGUCAAUGGGAAAAUUUUCGGUCGUCGUCCUCACUGACAUGAAUGAGGAUCGAUCGGUGAUGAUUGGCGAUGAACUAUUUGGUGCUGGAGUCCCGUUGAUCAGUUGCCGGGCAUACGGCUUGAUCGGAUAUCUUCGAAUCUCCGUCAAAGAGCAUCAUAUUUUCAAUUCCCGGAAAGAGGACCCGCGACCCGAUUUUCGAUUAGAUGAAGUUUUCGGCGGCCUGCAGCAGCUUUACGAAUCCAUUGAUUUCCCCUCAUUGACAACAGAACAGUUCAAGCACACACCUUACAUUUUUCUGCUGAUGCGUGCGUUGGAGCUUUUCCGGGAAAGCAAAAGUGAUCGUGAGGCAUUCCCUGCAUCUUUUGCCGAACGCAAGAAAAUUGUGUCGUUGCUGGAUUCAAUCUCGCCCUCCGACGGUCUGGCGGAAGAAAACGUUGAUCAAGCGAAAGCGGCCGUGAAUCGGUGUAUGCACAAGACUACGGUCCCGGAAUCUGUCAGCAAAAUUUUUGAGCAUCCCGGCUGCAGUCAGAAUUCGACUUCGACCGACCCAUUCUGGAUGAUGUGUUCGGCUCUGAAAAUCUUCGCGGAUCAGCAUGGCCACCUGCCGCUCUCCGAUUCGAUCCCCGAUAUGGCGGCCAGUUCCGAAAAUUAUGUCCGCCUGGUCAACGCGUUCCGGCAGCAAUCCGAAGCCGAAGCCAAUGUUGUGCUGGAAUUGGCAAAAGGAAUCCAACAGGCCCGGGGUUGCGAAGAUUUUAUUUCCACAGAAAGUUGCCGGAAAUUCUGCAAAAAUGCCCACUUUCUGGGGCUGCAAACCGGCACAUCACUUCGGCACGACAUCGAGGAUGGAUGGAAUGCCGUCAUCGACGAGUUGGCUAAUGGCUAUUGCGAGGAGCAUGAGGUGCCCAACGUCAUUUGGUACGUGAUGUUGCGUGCGGUGGAUCGCUUUGUGUCGGCGAAACAAAGAAAUCCGGGUACGAACGGCGUCCCUCUGUCGAUAGACGCCACAAUGCUCGAGGAGUGCGUGACGCAGAUCAUUGACGAGUCGACGAGCGGGUGCGCACAAAUGGCCAAGAAAAAAGUGACGCGAAAAGUGUUAGAUGAAGCCGUCAGGAUGGGUUCCUGCAUGUUGCACACCACUUCCGCCGUGAUGGGAGGAAUCACAGCGCAAGAGGUUAUCAAGUUGGCGACGAAUCAAUAUUUGCCGUUGGACAACACGCUGGUGGUCGACCUGCACACGCAGAAGAGCAAUUUUUAUCGAUUU